AUGCGUAACAUGACUGUUGUACCAGAGAUGGUUGGUUCUGUUGUUGGUGUCUAUAAUGGUAAGAACUUCAUCAAUGUUGAAAUCAAGCCAGAUAUGAUUGGUCAUUAUUUGGGUGAAUUCUCUAUUACCUAUAAGCCUAUUAGUCAUGGUCGUGCUGGUAUGGCUGCUCGCUUCGUACCUCUUAAGUAG